AUGCAACAACCGGCAACGGAGAGCAAGCCGAGCGCCGUCCAAAGACUCACCGCAGACGGGCAGAAGAAAUCCGUGCUGGACAGACAGGCAGCAGACUUCCGCCGGGACUACGGGCACCGCCUACCCAGAGCCUACGAAACAGGCGACGUCUACUCGCCGCGCGACCUGAGCGGCGCCGAGACGGAGCGCUGGGCGAAAGCUCCCCGAAAGAGGCAACUGAUGGUGCCCCUGAAGCGGCAGGGAAAGAGACAGGACGUGUUCGAUAUCACGGGCAUCAACCCGCUGCAUCUAUACAAGAACUACAGUGUCAUGUCCGAAUUCAUGCUUGAAAGUGGCGGAAUCAUGCACAAUAAUGCAACACACCUACGACCGGUGAAUCAGAGGAAAUUGGCAAAGGCUCUGAGAAGAGCUCAGGGAUUGGGGCUGAUGCCGAGCAUUCACAGACAUCCGCUCAUAUUGAUGCCUGAACACAUCACGGCGAAAUGA